AGUUUGCCCUUUCCAUCGUGGAGAAGAUGCAAGCCCAGGACGUCCUGCGGGGCCUGCGGCUCCCCGAGCUCGAUGACCUCGGCCAGUUCUUCCGCAACCUGCCGGCCACGGCGCUGGUGGGCCUGGGCGCCUUCGCGGCCGUGGUGGCCUACUGGUUCGCCAGCCGGCCCAAGGCGGUGAAGCCGCCCUGCGACCUCUCCAGGCAGUCGGCAGCAGUGGAGGGCUUGGAUGGUGCGCGGAGGUCUGUGAUAGGGGACAGCACCCAGCUGCUCACUCACUACUAUGAUGAUGCGAGAACCAUGUAUGAGGUCUUCAGAAGAGGAUUUAAUAUAUCUGAAAACGGCCCCUGUCUGGGAUUCAGAAAACCCAAGCAGCCCUACCAGUGGUUGUCCUAUAAAGAGGUGUCCGAAAGAGCAGAAGCUUUGGGCUCGGGGUUGCUUCAGCAGGGAUGUAAACCGUCCACAGAGCAGUUUAUCGGGGUCUUUGCACAAAACCGUCCCGAGUGGAUCAUUUCCGAGCUGGCUUGCUACACUUACUCCAUGGUGGUGGUUCCCCUCUAUGAUACCUUGGGGCCCGGAGCCAUCCGUUACAUUGUCAACACAGCGGACAUUUCCACAGUGAUCUGUGACAAACCCGAAAAGGCCCGUGUUCUCCUCGACCACGUGGAGAGGAAGGAAACACCGGGCCUCAGCUCCAUUAUCCUGAUGGACCCGUUCGAGAAGGACCUGCAGGAGAGAGGGGCGCGCUGCGGCGUGCGCAUCCAGACCAUGCACGAAGUGGAGGAGUGUGGCCGUGAGAGACGACACGUUCCCGUGCCUCCUCGUCCAGAAGAUCUAUCCAUCGUCUGUUUUACUAGUGGGACUACAGGCAACCCCAAGGGCGCUAUGCUGACUCACGGCAACGUGGUUGCGGAUUUCUCAGGCUUUCUCAAAGUGACCGAGAAAGUGAUCUUUCCGAGACAGGACGAUGUGCUCAUCUCCUUCCUGCCUCUGGCUCACAUGUUUGAGAGAGUGAUACAGUCCGUAGUGUACUGCCACGGGGGGCGAAUCGGGUUCUUUCAAGGAGACAUUCGUCUGCUGUCGGACGACAUGAAGGCGCUGCGCCCGACCAUCUUCCCCGUCGUGCCGAGGCUGUUAAACAGGAUGUACGAUAAGAUCUUCAGCCAGGCGGACACUUCCCUGAAACGCUGGGCUCUGGAGUUUGCUGCGAGGCGCAAAAAGGCCGAAGUGCGGAACGGGAUCAUCAGGAACGACAGCGUGUGGGAUAAGCUCUUCUUUAAUAAAAUACAGGUGAGGGAUUUAACACCGGGGAUGCUAAAAGUGACAUAUUGUGCAGUUUUCAAGAGCCUGUUUCUUUGUCAGGUUUAUGAGGGUUAUGGCCAAACAGAAUGCACCGCCGGCUGCACCUUUACCACCCCAGGGGACUGGACAUCAGGUCACGUAGGAGCCCCUUUGCCCUGUAAUUUGAUCAGAUUGAAGGAUGUGGAAGAGCUGAAUUAUUUUGCUUCCAAAGGAGAAGGAGAGAUAUGCGUGAAAGGACCAAACGUUUUCAAAGGUUAUCUGAAAGACGAAGAGAAGACAACCGAAGCGUUGGACGAGGAGGGCUGGCUUCACACGGGAGACAUUGGGAAAUGGUUGCCUAAUGGGACUCUUAAAAUUAUUGAUCGGAAAAAGCAUAUAUUUAAACUCGCUCAGGGAGAAUAUAUUGCACCGGAGAAGAUCGAGAAUAUCUAUAUCCGCAGUGACCCUGUUGCGCAGAUAUAUGUCCAUGGAGACAGCUUGCAGGCCUUUCUGGUAGGAAUUGUGGUACCCGAUUCGGAAGUUAUGCCAGGCUGGGCAAAGAAAAGAGGAUUUGAUGGAACGUAUGCAGAACUCUGCAAAAAUAAGGAACUGCAGCAAGCAAUAAUGGAAGAUAUGGUACGGUUAGGUAAGGAGAGCGGACUUCACUCCUUUGAGCAGGUCAAAGCCAUUUACAUUCACUCCGAUAUGUUCUCAGUGCAGAACGGUUUGUUGACACCUACAUUAAAGGCUAAGAGACCAGAACUAAGGGAUUACUUCAAAAGACAAAUUGAAGAGCUAUAUUCAAGCAUCUCCAUCUGAAGUCGCGGGAAGAAUCCUCGGACUAGCGGACUUUGUAGCAACGCUAGAAUAACGCUCGGAAGUACAGAGCCAGAACGAUACAGCCAAAAUGGAGAAGCACCUGAAUCUUAUAUCUGAACCUUUCAUUGUUCCAGGAUUUCACCACUAACCAUAAUUUCCGUUUUCCUUCUUUUUUCAUCAGAUGUGGCUACAGUCUGUUUUUACUCUAUGUACACAGUAGGAGACUACUAAAAAUUAUGUUCAAUACCCACAAAAUACACAAAAAUGUCAAUCCAUUUAAAUUAUGGAAACUUAUUAUUAACUACAAAUGUUUCUCAUUAAAGAGAGGGAAGAAUUUUAGGUAUGUCUCUUGCUAUCUGAUUGUAUAUAACUUAAUAGAUAAGGAACUAAAAUUGUUGAUAAUGUGGUCUACCUCAAACAAUCAGCGAGUGAUGGUGAAAGUCUAUUCUCCCUGAUCUGGAACUUCCAGCUGGAUAUUGGUUUAUGUAGUAAGUGUUAGUUUGUAUAUGCUGCAGGAUAUAAAUUACAUUGAGUUGAGUUAAUCAUUAAUGACCUAACAACCGCAAUAGAAAUAGGAACAAAUCUCCUGGUAUUUGUUCUUAAUAGGCUUUUUAGUAUAUUAUACUUAAAGGAAAAGGCCAGAUUAGCAUUACCUUGAAAUGACAAGGACGUGUUAGGAAGCCAUAGGAUAGAAUUCCCUCUACUUCCUUUUCACCUGAACUCAGUUGAUACGUGGCGCGCUGGUUUUCCAUUAGGGCCACGCGUGGACAUCAGCACUACUCAAACCGGGAAGGUUGCUGAAGCAUUGCCAGCUCUAGAGCAGCUUUCUGUGGGAGUUCAAUAAUGCAAAAAAGCUGCACCAGAGAGAGAGAGAGAGAGAGCGCGUGCAAAUGAGUUCACACUAACCCAUACGCUCCCCAUCCCUCCGCUAUUACUUAACAUGCUGCUAGGGCUGGGUAGCCCAGUCAGACUCGCUCCCUUCCAGAGACAGUGUUAAAGAAGAGAAGCACAAUGCAGUUGUAAAUGGGGCUUAGCAAAACAAAUGUAUUUCAGAGAAAGGCUAGCCUCCGCAGUCUGCUGAAACGCAGUAGUGAGGGCAUCCUCAGGGUAGCUGCAGAAGAGGAAGAACUGUUCCUCCAUAAGGCCCAGGGUGGGAGGAAGGCUUCGUCACCCACUUCCAUUGCAAGGUGUCACGGGGCGGCGAAACGUUGGACGUGACUGCAGAAAGGCCUGCCGGGACCCCAUCUCUGCGUUUGGACAUUCGGCAGCCUCAGCUCCCACUGUUGCCGCUUCCAGUGGCCUCUCUGGAUAAACAACAACGAGGCUGGGUGAAACUGCAGCUUUCCGAGCCAGCGGAGCCAUUGGGAAGGGGCAAGUCCCUGGUGGGACAGGAACAGACUCUAGCACUCGGUCCUGACAUGAAGCAUGGUACAACAGAAGGAGAAAACUGUACAAGUCAGGUAGCUUGAAUAUCUGGACUGUUGGUGGCCUCCUUCUGCUAAACAGGGUCUUAAGUAUAUAUGCAUAUUUUAAUAGCUGCUGUGUGUUGCACCAGUGCGUACUAGCAUGGAGCUGUGCCUGCUAGAUCUUCUUUGCUAGGGCAGAGGAAGCACACUUAUCUUCUCUCUUAGGCUGGAAUGCACCGUAGACUUUUGAAGCUAAAAGAUUAAAUUAUUAAUCUAAAUUCUUUCUUAUUUUCCCUUUGAAAUUCCAUUGCAUGCUUUAAAAAAUGAAAUAAAUUGAAUUAAUCCGUAGUUUUACACAGAGACUGAUUUAUUGCAGUAAUUUCAGGACAAAAUGAUACAAAGGAAACUGUUAACCUAAUCACUCACAUAGAGGAAGUGGUGAUUGAUUAAUCAAAUAUGGAAGUGUUGGUCUGAAUCCCUUUUAUGCCUGAUUGUUCAUUUGCUUCUGCAUAAUCCUUCCUAUCAGUCCAAAGCAAGUAAGAAAUACCGGCACUGUGAUCUGAUGGUAUUUCACAUCCGUUUUUCACUGACGUAGACAACAACAGGUUCACUGGGGAAUUUGAGUGUGUCAUAUCUACGGAGGAUACGAAUUAUUGCUGCCAGCUACAGAAUCCGGCUCUUUAGGUCCAGCUGUAAAGGAUUUUCAUCUUUGAGGAGUUUCAUUCAUCUCGUUUUUGUAUCGGCCAAAAGACAGUAAUUACGUAUGUACGCUUCAAAGCAAUGAGGAAUUAGACUCAGUGCAAUUUCUUCCCUGUUUUAAUGCAACCUGCUUUACAAAAAUGUAACUAGUUAUAUUUAAGUAAAUAUAAAAAGCUAUUUUCCACUGACCCUUUUCAUGACCGCAUGAGUUUAGUUUACUUUUCUCCUAAGGUGCUUUCAGUUUAUCGGCCUUUUCUUGAUAAUGGACCUCUAACUUUGUGAAAGUGCAGAAGAUUCUAACAUGAGUUUACUUACGGCUGGGCUGGCUCUUUAUUUUUUAUGUAAUGCUGUUUUGUUAAUAAAUAACAUAUCUGUAGGCUUCUUUUGAUAUUUGAUGCAAAAUAUGAGAUGUACUAAUGAUGUGAACACCAAAAGAACAGGAAAAGCAAAAAAAAGAACUUGACCACACUGGGGUGAUAUUUUGGGAGAAAUUGUUUCAAUUGUCACACCAAAAGUGUGAAUAUUUCCAGAUCUUCUGAGAAGCUGUAUGAAUAAACUAAA